AAAGGAAAGGUUGUGCUAACUUCCAAGUACCAAACAAGCCAUAUACCUUAGCAUAAGUUUCUCAUCUCUCUAACCUUGAACAAUUAGUUUUUUUAAUUAGCAUUAGCAUGGAAAAUAAACUUUUUCUUCUUUUUGGCAUCUUGGUAAUUCUCCAAUUCCAGCAUGUAACCCCUGCUGAUGAAGGUGGCCAAAAUGUGGCCACAGAUUCUCCAGAAAAACCACGCCUUACCAAAUUACUAAUUGACACCGUUUCUCUGCUUAGAAAAUCCCAUGAAAGCUCUUGGGAGAAAAUCAAAACUGUCAUCCAUGAUCUUCAGAUGCAGUUUUCACCACCAAAUUUGGAUUUCAGGGGAAAAGUAGAACAUGAAGGAGUGAAAGAAGCAGUUGAGAGGAGUUUUGACAAAAGCAAAGAAUCUGUUGAAGGAACUGCUAAAUCAGCCGCAGAAUUUGUUGGAGAAACAAUUCAUAAUACAAAAGAAAAGGUGAAAGAGAGUACAGAUUCUGAUAAGGAUUCUAAAGCAGAACUUUGAUCAAAUUAUUUUUUCUUCUUUUAGAGUCAUUUUAAUCAAAGUUGUAAUGCUGUUAUUGGAGGAGAUGGCUAUCUUUGUAUUCUAUGAAACAAUUUAUUUAUGGUAAAGUUUUUUUUGUUCUUUAGUUUUCAUACAUUUUACCAAUUUAGGCCAAUAUUUGGAAGAUUUGAAAAAUUAUGUUGCCAAUAUAUAAUAGCAAUUCACACUA